GUAUCCUGACCCAACCUCGGCAGUCAUUUUGUCGUCUGAUUGUCCACAGUCUCUUUCCUUUUCUCUCUGUCUCUCUCUCUCUCCAUUUCGGUCGGCAAUGGAGAAACUGAGAAAAGCGGUAAACGAGAUCGCCUACGCUCACGACCACCGUAAGCUAUCUCCUCUCCAUCGCUCACUCGUCCCUGUCCUCUCUCUCGCCUCCUCUCUCUACAACCUCGCUCUCUCUCUGCGCCACUCUCUCUACCGCUUCGGCCUCUUGCGCCGCCACAGGUUGCUAGUGCCGGUGAUAAGCGUUGGGAAUUUGACAUGGGGAGGCAACGGGAAAACUCCUACGGUUGAAUUCAUUGCACGCUGGCUAGCUGAUUCUGAAAUCUCACCUCUCAUUCUUAGUAGGGGCUAUGCUGGUGGAGAUGAAGCUAAAAUGCUCCAAAGACAUCUUCUAGGAAGAUCUGUGAAGAUUGGAGUGGGUGCAAAUAGGGCAGCUACUGCUGCUUCUUUCAUUGAAAAAUAUGGUUAUCUUGAUCCUAGUACAUUCUCCAAUAGACUAUUCAUUGACACGAAAAGAUCUAUGCAUUGUUGCUCAGAAAAAAUUGGUGCUGCGAUUUUGGAUGACGGAAUGCAGCACUGGAGCUUGCAGAGGGACAUUGAGAUUGUAAUGGUAAAUGGAUUAACGUUGUGGGGGAAUGGUCAUUUACUUCCUCGUGGACCUUUAAGAGAACCUCUAAAUGCACUUCGACGGGCAGAUAUUGUUAUACUCCAUCACGCAGACUUAAUUCCAGAGCAAAAUCUCAAAGACAUUGAGUUGAUGAUACGGGAAACCAAAGAAUCUCUGCCUAUUUUCUUCACUAGAAUGGCUCCUUCACAUUUCUUUGACGUGAGAAAUUUCAACUCAAAGAAACCUUUGGAAGCCUUGUGUAACACUUUUGUGUUAUGUGUUUCUGCCAUUGGUUCUGCAAACGCGUUUGUGCAGGGAAUGAAGAAGUUGGGUGCAGUUUAUGUUGAUCAACUUGAAUUCAGUGAUCAUCACAUGUUCAAAUCCAUGGAUAUGGAGAUGAUCAGAAAGAGACUUGGUGAGCUGGAGAAGAAAUUUUGUUCGAAGCCCGUCGUUGUAGUAACAGAAAAGGAUUAUGAUAGAGACCCAGACAUUUUCAAGCACCUGGAUCCUUUUGAAGUUUUGGCACUUUGUUGUGAACUACAACUAGUUCCUUACCGGGGAUUCACUGAAGAUAGAUUCAAGAAGCUUUUGAAGGAGAUUCUGGAACAUAAAUUACAAGGUAGAAUACGUAAGUAACAUGUUACAUCAGUCAAUUUGUAAACUUCUCCGAAAAAUAAAUAUUAUUAGACAUCUUCACCAAAAAAAAAAAAAAAAAAGAGGGUCUAUCUAGGCGAGUUUAAUGCUAUUUUGUAUGAACAUCCCCUGAACUUUUUGAAUUUGGUAAUUUAGUCCUUAAAACUUUUUUUUCGCAAUCAAC